AUGGAUGCAACGGCUGAGUCCGAGAGUCUUCUUGUGUCUCGGCUUGAGACUGGUGAGAGCCGUCUGAGUUCUCCGGUGGGCACUUCCGGGAAUUCAAAUUGUCCACGGAAGAUUUUCAUUACGUUUCUAGCAAUUAUGGUUUUAGGUGGAAUACUCGUUGGUGUCUCUUCCUUGUUUAGAGGUCCAUUUAUUAUGGAACCGGAGCUAUAUAUCCAAAAUUUUCAUAUUCCGGCUCUUGAUGUAACCUCGAACGACGCAGGAAUCAUAAACACCACAACCAUAAUGUUCGGUCUCAGUUUCGAGAAUCUAAACCCAAAACAAUCUGAAAUUUUCUAUGAUGUCGUGAACAUGAAUCUUCACUAUUAUGGUAGUAAUUUUAGUUUACCAAUCGGAAAUACAUCUAUACCGGAAUUUGAUCAAGGGAAUGUUUGGCCAACCAUUCGUGUUGAGACAAUUCAGACUUAUGGGGUAUCCUGGGAGGACGCUAGGACGGAGAUUUUCAAGGGGAAUGAAGCUUUCUUUCGGCUCGAGUUGCAUACCAAGUAUAGGUCUUCUAAUGAACCUUGGUUUGUGAAGUCAAGGAGAUAUGAUUUGAGAAUAGGAGCUAAUGUUACGGUCAAUGGUCAUGGAUUGAAGUCUGUGAAGCAAAGACUAAAGAUGUCUACGCUUUAG